UAGAUUAAUUUACGCAUUCAGACAAAUAUCAAUAAUCAAUACACCAUACCUAUUAAAUUUGUUACUUCACACUACGACUAUAAAUGUAUACCCAUAUGUUGUCUAUUAAGCACCAACUUUUGCAAUCUUUCAGUACAAACAAACCAAUAGUUGUCUCAUGGAUCUUUCCCCUUGGCAAGAAAAUUACACAUUUAUUCUUGCAACUUUUGCCAUAAUUCUAGUCAUCUACUGCUUAUCAUUCUUCUAUACAACCACUAUAGAUCCACCCGAAGCAAGUGGUGCAUGGCCAAUAAUAGGCCACUUCAAAGUUUUUAGUGGUCCUGAUCUUCCCCAUGUAACCUUGUCAUCCUUGGCUAACCGAUAUGGACCCAUCUUCAUGGUCCGGCUUGGUAUACGUAAAGUCUUGGUGGUGAGUAAUUCGGAUAUAGCUAAGGACAUCUUUACCACCCAUGAUGUCAUUGUUUCUGACCGUCCGAAUUACAUUGCUGCAAAUAUUUUGGGGUUUAAUGGUGCUUCUUUUGCUUUCGCUCCUUAUGGUCCAUAUUGGCGUGGAAUACGCAAAAUCAUAUCCCAAGAGUUGCUCUCUAAUAGUCGGCUAGAGAAGCUUAAGUGCGUUAGAGUGAUUGAACUAGAAAGUGCAAUUAAAAACAUGCAUGACAUUUGGAGGGAGAAAAAAGAUGGGCAAGGGAAAGUGGUGGUGGAAAUGAAGAAAUGGUUUGGGGAAUUAAAUAUGAAUACGAUGCUUAAACUGGUCGCUGGAAAACGUUACACUGGAGGAGUAGACGGUGAAGACGAGGAGGAGAUGAUGAGUUGUCGUGGAGUGAUAAGAGAGUGGUUUCAAUACUUGGGGUUGUUUGUGGUCGCCGACGCUCUACCUUUUCUAGGAUGGUUGGAUUUGGGUGGAUAUCAAAAGACAAUGGAACAGGUUGCAAGGGAACUCGAUUUGAUGGUUGGGAAAUGGUUAGAAGAGCAUCGACAAAAAAGAUCUUCAGGUAAUGCUACAGAGGUAAAUGACUUCAUGGAUCUGAUGAUCCAGAUAGUAGAAGACAAUAACGUCGCGGGUUACAAUGUCGAUACCAUUAUUAAAGCCACAUGUGAGUCUCUUAUUGCGGGUGGCGCAGAUACAACCACGGUCAUGCUAACGUGGACACUCUCGUUACUACUAAACAAUCGCCACGCUCUUAGAAAGGUUCAAGAAGAAUUAGAUACGCAUGUGGGAAAAGAUAGGCAACUAAAUGAAUCAGAUAUAUACAAUCUAGUCUACCUCCAAGCUGUAAUAAAAGAAACCUUGCGACUAUAUCCAGCUGCAUUCCUAAAUGCUCCUAGAGCAUUUACGAAAGAUUGUAGAAUAGCUGGCUACCAUGUCCCCAAAGGCACAUGGCUAUUAAUAAACAUAUGGAAGCUCCACCGUGAUCCAAAGAUAUGGUCAGACCCAAAUGAGUUUAUACCAGAGAGGUUCCUAUCCCCAAACAAUAUGCACCUAGAUGUAAAGGGGGCGGAUUUUGAAUUGAUCCCAUUUGGGGCCGGAAGAAGGUCUUGUCCUGGAAUUGCUUUGGCAGAUCAAAUGCUACUUACGGUGUUAGCCACUUUGCUACAAAACUUUGACAUAUCGACUCCAAGUGAUGAACCCGUUGAUAUGAGUGCCAGUGCUGGACUCACAAAUGCCAAGGCAACUCCACUUGAAGUACUAGUCUCCCCACGCUUGCAUGCACCAAUGGAUAUUGAGCCUUGUCGUUAGUAUCAUUUAGUCUAAAAUGUACAAAUGUGGUCUUGAAUUUGGUUUAAGAAUAUGGCGUCUUGUUUAUCGUAUUGUUUUUUACUUGUUUUAGAAAAGUGUAUAGAAGUCCUAUUCUAUAUUUGGUGAAGAGUAAAGUCCUUUUUGAGUCCCUGUGGUUUGUGUAUUUUAACCAUUUGAAUCCAAAAACCAAACUUGUCUUGAUUUGA